UAAAAUAUGUAAACAAAAGUUUUUGUCAACAAUAACAUUGUAUUUUUUUCAAUUCUAUUUUUAUUAAAAAAUGGAAAUUUAUGUAGGAAAUAUUCCACCUACAAUUAAGAUUGAAGAAUUAAGUUUAUUAUAUCAAUCAUUUGGUCAUAUUGUAUUUAUUGAUAUUAAGAAUCGCUGUCAACCACCGUUUGCUUUUAUAUUGUUCGACAAUAAUGGUUCUGCUUAUAACGCUGCUGUAUCUACAAAUGGAUGCAUGUAUCAGGGUUAUCAGUUCCAAGUAAAAUUAUUGACUCCUGAUGACAAUUCUUCAGCUACCAGUGAUAAAUGUUUGGAACAGCAGCAGGAUAACCCGCCGAAAAAAAAGAAAGAAACAGUAAAAAAGAUAACUAUUCCUAAAAAUAUAAGUAUACCAGAAAAUGGUAAACCUGGAGGAUUAGAUGAUCCAUUUAGAAAUGGAUUGAGUGGCGCUGGCGUUAAGUGGUAUCUACGUUAUCUGAAAAUGGGCACUGAUCCUAAGGAGGCAAGAAUAAAAGCCUGUAUGCAUAAGUUCAUAGCUUUAGGAGACUCAACGCAAAUUGCUAGAAAGAAAGCUAUAAAAUAUUGCAGUACCUUAGAUUCUAGUAAUAAAAAAAUACAAAUUUCAAAAAAGGAAAAAGGCGUAUCGAAAAAACCGGCUAUCUCAAGGAAUCUUGUUUCAGUAGUGUAGGUCUUUAGUGCUUAGUAUUUAAUUAUUUAUAAUGGAGGAUAGAAAUAUUAAUCAAAGCAUGCGAUUAAUAAAUAGCACUUACUUAUUAUAACUGAAAA